CUGCGCCCUCCUCCUGCUGCUGGGCACCGGCACCGGCACCGGCACCGGCACCGGCACCGGCACCGGCACCGGGCCAGCCCCACCGCGCCUGGUAGUCGCCCUGCUGGCCCGGAACGCGCAGCACUCGCUGCCGCACAGCCUGGGAGCCCUGGAGCGCUUGGACUAUCCCGCGGGCAGCAUCGCCCUGUGGUGUGCAACAGACCACAACUCGGACAACACGACAGCAAUGCUGCAGGAGUGGCUGGGGGCGGUGGGGAAGGAUUAUCACUCGGUGGCCUGGAAGGUGCAAGAGGAGCCCAGCUCCUACCCUGAUGAGCUUGGUCCCAAGCACUGGAGUGACAAACGCUAUGAAAAUGUGAUGAAGUUGAAGCAGGAAGCUCUCACCUAUGCCCGGGAGCAGCAGGCAGACUACAUCCUGUUCAUGGACACUGACAGUGUCCUGACCAACAACCAGACCCUCAAGUUUCUCAUGGCGCAGAACAAGUCAGUGGUGGCCCCCAUGCUGGACUCACAGACCUUCUACUCCAACUUCUGGUGUGGCAUCACACCUCAGGGAUUCUAUCGCCGGACAGCCGACUACUUCCCCACCAAGAACCGGCAGCGCCUGGGCUGCUUCCGUGUCCCCAUGGUCUAUGCCACCUUCCUGAUCGACCUGCGGAAGGAGGAGACCUUGCACUUGGCUUUCUACCCGCCCCAUCCCAACUACACCUGGGCCUUCGAUGACAUCAUUGUCUUUGCCUACUCCUGCCAGGAGGCUGGCGCGGAGGUCUAUGUGUGCAACCAGCACCACUUUGGUUACAUCAAUGUUCCUGUGAAGGCCCACCAGACGCUGGAGGAUGAUCAUGCCAACUUUGUGCAUCUCACGCUGGAGGCCAUGGUGGAUGGUCCCCCCAUGCAGCGCUCCAGGCACAUUUCUCUCCUGCCCAGACCACUCACAAAAAUGGGCUUUGAUGAAAUCUUCCUAAUCAACCUGGUGCGGAGGCCAGACCGGCGGCAGCGAAUGCUGGCAUCCCUGCAGGAGCUGGAGAUCGUUCCACGGGUGGUGGAUGCUGUGGAUGGCAGCACCCUCAACAGCAGUGACAUCAAGGUGCUGGGUGUGGACCUGCUACCCGGGUACUAUGAUCCCUUCUCUGGCCGCACACUCACAAAGGGCGAGGUUGGCUGCUUCCUCAGCCACUACAAUAUCUGGAAGGAGAUCGUGUCCCGGGGGCUGGAGCAGUCGGUGGUCUUCGAGGAUGAUGUGCGCUUCGAGGCUGCCUUCCCAGCACGGCUGCAGCGGCUGAUGGAGGAGCUGGAGCAGGCACAGCAGGAGUGGGACCUCAUCUACCUGGGGAGGAAACAGGUGAACGACGAGGAUGAGGCACCGGUGAAAGGCGUGCGGAACCUGGUGGUGGCUGGGUACUCAUACUGGACACUGGCCUAUGCCAUCUCCCACCGUGGGGCACAGAAGCUGCUGGCCACCAAACCCCUCUCCAAAAUGCUGCCUGUGGACGAAUAUCUGCCCAUCAUGUAUGACAAGCACCCCAACGAGGAUUACAAGCAGCACUUCUCCCCACGGGAUUUGCUUGUAUUUUCGGCUCACCCCCUCCUGGUUUAUCCCACUCACUAUGCUGGGGACAGCAACUGGCUGAGUGACACCGAGACUUCCACCAUCUGGGAUGAUGAUGCCAAGAAGACUGACUGGGUUGGCUCGCAGAAGACUCUGAGGGACUCACGGGGCAGUGCAGGCCACCUCCGCUCCACAGCCCGUGAUGAGCUCUGAUGAAAUGAGGGAUUGUGAUCCAGUGGGGAGCACCGUGGGCAAGGACCAAGCAACUGCCCACUCCCACUCAAGAGAUGCAGCUGCCCUGGACACAGCCCCACAGGUUCUUUGAAUCUGCAUGUGACAAAUCCACCCAAGGCAGGAUUUGCCCCAGGAAAGCCUCUCCCUGCCAAGUGGAGAGACCAGGGGAGCACUGUGCUCCAUCUCUGCCGAGGACACUUCUCCAGGACAGUUUCAAGCGAUGCCAACUCUGCUGUCUCCCACCAGCCCGGACUUUGGGGAGAGGACUUUGGUCUGGCACCUGUGGUGGCCUCCUGCCACUGACUGGGCUUGUCCCUCAUGCCAUGCCUGGGGGGAAGCCCAGCGAGGAUUAAAGCAGACUGAGCUGA